UUUGUUUGGUUUAUUGAGUCGAGUCAACUAAACGAGUCAACUCUCCACAAGUGAAACACGGAGCUCCAGAGGAACAAGGAGCGGUGCCACUUCCUCCAGUUGGACAGCACGAAGCAAGAAGCGCAAGUGGCUACAUUUUCCUUGAUACUGUCUCCUCCGAGUGGCAUAUCAUGGAGACUUUUGAUUUUGUCCGGGGCAAAUUGAAUGAAUGGGGUCUCAGUGAGCUGAUUCCAAGGUUUGAAGAGAACCAAAUUGACAAGGAGAGUUUUUUAAUUCUUCAGGAGUCAGACAUCAAUGACUUGAUCAGAGAAAUAGGACCAAGGGCAAAAUUCAAGCAGAAGCUCAAAGAAUUUGUGAAGUUAUUAAAGAAAGCCAGAAAAAGUCAGGGAGAAAACUCAGGCCAGCCACAGAUGAGAAAAAGAAACGAACAGGCAUCAGAGGGAAACAGAGUCCAAAAGAGAGCGAAAGUGCAGCAGAGCCCAGGCCAGGCCAAGAGAGGAGAAAGCAGUGAGCAGAGUGGACCCUCCACCUCCACCAGUAGUUACUGUACUGCCCCAGUAAAUGAAAAAGGGAAGAGAAAGUUUGAUUGUCAAACUGAAUCAAGCAAAAAGAAAUUAAGAACCACUGAGCCCCACCAUGGAUCUGAACUGGCAACAAGUCCAGCAGAAGCUAUCAUGCUGGAUGAGGUAAAGCACAUCAUGAGACGUGUCCAUUACAAACUUAAUGAGCAGGGCCACACAAAGCUCAAUGCUUUUCUUAAGGAAAAAAUCAAGGAUUUGCAAAGUGGCAAAAAGGAGUUGGUCGGUGUCUUUGGUAAAACAGGGGCUGGAAAGAGCUCUUUGAUAAACGCCAUCAUUGGAGAGAAAGGCCUCUUGCCCUCGGGAAGUGUCAGUGCAUGUACCUCAGUCAUGAUCAAGGUGGAGGCUAAUAUGGAGAACUCCAAGUACAUGGCAGAAAUUGAGUUCAUCACAAAAGAGGAAUGGGAAGACGAGUUAUGGUCCUCAUUGAGAAAUCUUUCUCCUGAGAGCCCUGUGGAUGAGCCCUGUGAUGAUGACUAUGAUGACAGCAGCGAAAAGCUCUCUGCACUGUAUGGAACCGACAUUAAGAAGUCACCCCAAGAACUCAUGGACAGCAAGUAUUUCAGAGAAAUCCCAGAAUUUCUCCAGGCUAGAAAGAAAAUACUGACAUGUGAAUCAGCUUCGCUGUUAUCUGAGAAUGUUGCCAAGUACACAAGAACUAAAGGGAAAGAUGCAGCACAAAAGAGCAGACGAGAAUAUUGGCCGCUGGUGAAGUGUGUGACCAUCAAGUUGCCAAAUGUCUCCGAUCUUCUUGAGCACAUCACACUUGUGGAUCUUCCUGGAAAUGGAGACUGUAACAAAAGCAGAGAUGAAAUGUGGAAGGAGUGUGUUGGAGGUUGUUCAACUGUGUGGAUUGUGAGUGAAACUAAUCGAGCAGCCUCAGACAAAGCAUCCUGGGAGAUCUUGGAAAACACCAUCAGCCUCAUGGGAAAUGGAGGGGAGUGUCAACGUCUCAUGUUCAUCUGCACCAAAUCUGAUGAUAUUGACGAUUCAGAUGAAAUGUCAAAAGAGAAUGUACGUACUCAGAUACUGAAAAGAAACGAGGAUGCCAAGUGCCAAGUGAGGGAAAAAUUCAACAAACAAAAAAAAUUUAAGAGGCAUUUCAGUGGUGACAAUGCAUUUUUCCGAGUUUUCACCGUGAGCUCCAGAGAAUUCCACAGGGAAAGAUUUCUGCGCAAAGAUGAGACCGAAAUACCUGAACUUCAGCAAUGUCUGCGAAAUCUCAAUGACCGUCAGUCAAAGACAUCAAACUAUGUCUCUGGAGCUUAUGGGAUCCUGUCUCUGAUUCAAGGAGCCAACUGCAGAGAAACGGCUUGCCGCAAGCCACAAGUUUGCACAGCCCUGGAACAAAGAUUGAGGGCUGAGCUUGAAAAACUCAAACGAUCCAUGGAAGAGUCUUACACAGCUUUUGAAAAAUGCCUUAAUGAGGGAGUUGAACAAUCUCAAGUGUCAUAUGAAAAAACCUUGAAGUUCAUCUUGUAUCCCAGAGGCAAAAGAAAUUGUGCUUUUCAUGGGACGAUGAAGUCUUUAGUUAAGAAUGAUGGCAUUCACAAACCCAAAAAGAAGCGUGAAAUAAACAUCAAUGAGAGGUUAGCUUCAUGCAUGAGAGAUCACAUUGAUGAGGAAUUCAAGACAAUCUUCCCGAAUGAAGGAAGGUAUGGACCGUUCAAAGGAGCCAUCAGUGAGUUCACGCUUGACACAGAGACUCUGAUUAAAAACUACAAAGAUGUCUCAUUACAACUGACAUUUCUCAAGACAGAGGAAGCAAAAUUUAAGGCAGAUCUGAAUGAUGACAUCCGCGUGAGGAAGAAACAAAUCUACAACAGUCUGUCAACCUCAAUCCAAGGUUCAAUGCAGCCAUGCUAUAAAGAAGCAGCAAAAUUCAGUGGAAAGGACACACUGAAGAACAUGAGGAUCACAAUUGAGAAGCACGUGCAUGGUUCAAAGAACAUCAUGUUCAUGAAGGCAAAGGAUGAUAUGCUGUUUCGAAUGAGAGAAUUGAUGGAUCACAUUGUGCAGACACUGCAAAACAAGAUGGAGAAAUCAAUCGAGGUGUCACUCAAGACGGACGAUAUCUCGAUCCCAGAUGUUACUGAGGAGUAUGAGCGCGUGAAGACAUGUUAUCAUAAACUGCCAGGCAACCCUGUCACAAAAGUGCCAAUGAAAUGUGUAAAGACACCAAAACCAAAAGCUCCAUCUCACAAGUCCAAGACACAUGCACAGAGUCAUGUGCCAUGUGUGAGGGCAUUAAUUCCUGAUAUCUUUCAUGCAACUAAUGACAGAAGACCUCGUUACAGACUUGACUGCUGUGGGGCAGGGCUCUUUCAGUGCUCUUUGACUGGAUUGGUGUUUGAGAUGGAAAAGAAAGGAGAAGUGUCUUACAGGACUGUUGACUGGGACAGCUCACUGCCCACCUUGAUGCCAGCAGGGCCACUGUUCAGGAUUGAAUGUCCUCAGCGUUGUGUCCAACAACUGUAUCUCCCUCACUGUGAAGAAUUCUGCGAUGCUCAGAAGUUGUCAGUGGCUCAUGAAAUCAAUGGAGAAAUGGAAGACGUGCAUCCAAGUUAUGUGGAUGCCACAUAUGUUAGAGUUGAGGUCACAAAUCUCUCUCUGUACGGCCUUUUCAGAAAAUGCUUCUCUCACCUCCAAGUACAAAGUCAAGUAGUGCUAUUCCAGCAGCAAGCUGGAAACUGUCCCCAAACAUGCACACUAAAUGUGUUUUUGUUACCAAGGAAUCUGCCGACAUUUGAGGUGGAGAGUUAUUACCCGGGAUGCACUUUGAUUCAAACAACGUCUAACUGCAUUUUAAGCCCUAAAGGGAGAUAUGGCCUUGUCUGUGAGUCAGUUGCAAAGGCAGAAAUUCAGCCAAAAAGUGGGACGUUUGACUGUGGUUAUGGCCCAAACUACCAGCCCACCUUUCAGGUGUGCUUGGAAGCAGGGGUGAAGGCUAUAAAACUGAUCUUGAUGGACAGAGGAAAUAAUGACAAGGCAGUGUGGGAGACUCAAGUUACACUUGCAGCUGGACAGCAGCAUCGGCAGCUCUGCAGUGAAACCAGCAGCAGUUCAGCACCAACAGAGAGAAAAGACACAGCAUCUGAGUUUGUGAUGAAGCACAGGGAUGCUUUAAUCCAGCAGGUCUCGAUGGUGUUGCACAUAGCAGAUGACCUUCUAGUGGAUGAAAUUAUCACAGACGAGAUGUACAGCAGAGUCAGUGAUGAAAGGAGCCGCCAGGAAAAGAUGAGGCAGUUGCUUGAUACUGUUUGUGCAGGAGGAGAAACAGCAAUAUCAGCAUUCUGCAAAGCUCUCAGGAAAUAUCAACCUGAUCUUUUUGCAAAUCUAGAACGGCCCACUGGGGCCAAAGCUUCGCAGAUGUCUCACAAGUGAGGUGAUGGAUCAUUGCCGCCCUCCCCUCCCCCGUCUUCUUUUUUUAAUUAUUUUGUAAAUUGGUGUUAUUACUUUAUUUUACUCAUUAGAAAUAUCUAUGAAUGGCUUGCUCUUGAUGGAUACUUGUUAUUUUUUUUCAACUGUGUAAUUCCUCCAGUCAUUUUUAAAGGAAAUACUGUUAUACUGCCACACUACCGGCACUUCGACUGUCACUGUGUACGGGCAUUUUCCUAUAUUUUUUGACUGUUAUAACCAUCUUCCAUAGUCAGACUCUCAUAUUUGUCUACAAAACUUAAUUCAUGUACAUUUUUUAUGUCAGAUAAUUUCCAGCCAGUUUUGUCAUUCAGCAUUACUAAUACACUGUCCAGAUUUCAUUUUUUUUAUGAGUGUACCUUUUUUUAUUGUUGUAUGUUUUGUCACAGGAUAAUUAAGUCUUUCCUGUGUUGUAGCACUGUUGUAUUUUAAACACUCGUAACUUUUAAAGCUGUAUGACAUUGGGCACAGCCAGAAGGCACAGAGACAGUUUCCCUGUACGGAUGAAUCUAGUAAAUAAAAAAUGGCAAAAUGUAUGAUUAUGAUUACACACACAGUGCACAUACAGCAUACUGUGCACAAAUGUGUUUAUGCACAGUGUUCAGUUUUGAUAGUACAUACAUCAUUUAGGCUCCUUAUUCUGCUGAUAAUUUAAUGUGGUCAUCCACAAACUAACAGUGGACACUGUAGACUUGACUUGAGUCACACCUGUUAAGUAUAAGGGACUGUACUCAAAAGUUUGAUAAUACUGUAAUAAUUUAAUAAAUAUAAAUAUUCAAUGUCUAAAAAUUACAUUAAAUUUUAUAUAUAUAUGUGUGUGUGUAUACACACACACACACACACACACACACACACACACACAUAUAUAUAUAUAUAUAUACACACAGACACACACGUGUAGAUAUAUAGAGAUGUGAGAUAAGCUAUAUAGACAUGGUAAAAUAUCUAUCUAAGGUGUGUGUGUGUGUGUAUAGAUAUCUCAGUAUGAUUGGUAUUGAUGAUCAAUGUGAUGUUUAAAAAAAUGAAAUAUUGGCAAAAUGCACAGUUGAAUCCAUCUUGAACUUUAUUGUGAAUUUUUGAAAAUUUCUACCACUGUUGAUGAUUUCUGUAUCACUGUAAAUUCUUUUGGCCAUGAUAAUCAUGCAUUGAAAAUCUGAUAUUCUGACAGCAAUAAAUGAAAUAAAAACAGACAAAUCCCACAACCCAUCAGGAGUUUGUAUGCUGUAAGGAAGGAUGGGAAAAGUUAUAUCAGCUUAUUAUAGCCUCUGCUAUUAGCCGGUCUACUGUAAAUUAGGGUUAGUGUAAUAUACUUCCUUAAUUCUGACUUUCUCAUUUAUUAAUGUGUUUAGUUAUGAUUUGGCCAGCCCUAUAUUGACUUAAUAUUUACAUCAUUAAAUGGGCCUUUAAUUAACAGUGAUUUAGAAAAUAGAUCCUCUGAUGUCAUUCUUCUGUGACUGUUGUGUAAGUAAAGAUAAAGUAAAGGCCACAACUGGAGACAUCUUUGUUUUGCUGAGUGUGUCCCAGUGUGCAUUGACCAAUCCUCUGAACAACUGCAGUCUUCACACUUAUUUAUGCAUUCUGCCUUCUGUCCAGUUCCUACAAAUCAACAGCUUCAGUGACUACAUGGUAUAAAGUAUAAACACUGCAUGUGUAGCCACUGGGACAAUCUUGUGUGAUUUCUCUACUGGGACCUGGCAGAGAGGGAGUGGCAGAAUGGGGCCGAGCACAACAGGGAGAGCCUGGGCUCAGUAUUUAAAGAGGGCUUUAUGUUUUGUUUUUCCACCAAGCUCCAUAUUCUGUUUUGGUGGUACUUUGGGGACUGAAAUCAACUUUUCCUUUGAACCUGCUCUGUGUCUCCCUUUUUUACAUUUGUACAUUAAAUUUGUAUUGUUGAUUUACUUCAGAUGUGCAUGUCUGUGUGAUGUGUUUGGAAACAUGUUGCAACCAUUUUGCCUGAGGGCAGGGAGGGGUGUAAACUGUUGAAGAGGUGGAGACAGAUAAGAAGGUGUCCAAGGUAAACGGAGCACCAGAGUAGGCGACGGAGUAAUUCAAGUUCAUUCACUUUGGAAAUAAGAAAUCGGAAAGUUAUGGAGAAAUUUGAUUUUGUGCGGGAAAAAUUAAGCGAAUGGGGUCUCAGUGACUUGAUACAGAGAUUUGAAGAUGAAGGCGUUGACAAUGAGGUUUUCCUAAGCCUUGAGGACUCAGAAAUCAAAGAGCUGAUUC